GAUUUCAGAACCACUGAGGGCGAGUACGUUUGGUUUGAGUUCAGGCUCCAGGCAAUCGAUAGACAUAGCAGCAUCUUGAAAUUAGCUAGGCCGCACAUCGCCAUCUGUUCCUGCACGCGGGGUUAAAAAAAUUUAACCAACCUUUUUAACCAACAAAAUUUUAACCAGCGUUUUGAGAGUGUAGAAACGAGUUCGUUAUUUUGGGCCUGCAAUAGAAGACAGGAGGAAUCAAUUGGGUGCCUGACUGUACUGCACUUCAGACGGGAUUUUGUACCACUCAAAACAAAACCCAUCGUCAACGAAGUCCUCCACUACUAUGGGCCAGAAAAUCAGCUGCCGACUGACUGGGAAAGCUGGCGGCUGGGCUGGACCGGUUGCUGUCUUAACGAUGUGGACUUACUGCUUCAUGUCGACCGGAGUUAUCAAAGCACUCGGGGUCAUGCUGCCGACGCUGCGAGACCAGUUUGAAACGAAAAGCUGGGUCAUUGGCUGGAUAACAUCCAUGGUGGUUGCCAUGAGUGGGUUCAUUGGUCCUUUUGUGGGGCCAUUGGUACGACGGUUCGGAGCCAGUGGCGUCAUCAUGACGUGCGGUGCAAUGCUUGGAUUAGCUAGCAUUGCUGGGUCCUUUGCAAUCGCUACUUAUCAACUGGCUUUAGCUUACACCCUCUUGGCAGGUGCGGGAUUGGGAAUGUCGGACGUUAUUUCCAAACAGGUGGUCGGACGCUGCUUCGAUCAGAAUCACGCAACAGCCAUCGGCAUCGCACGGACCGGAGCAUCGAUGGGACUGUUCAUAAGCGCGCCCGUCGUCCAGAUACUCCUGGAUGCGUACGGCUGGAGAGGAACCAUGCUACUGAUGGGAGCAAUCUGUUCACAUAUGAUUCUGUGUGGCGCACUGAUGCAUCAGUAUGGUAGCUCGAAACCAAGAAAUGAGGACUAUCAGGAAAUACAAGGGGUCAGUGAUUUCUCAUCGGCAAUACACCCGGCCAAUCUGCUGUCUUCCUUGUGCACAAUAUGGAAGAGCUUCGUAGUCAAUUUGGAUCUGAAACUGUUUCUCGACAUUCGUUUCUGGUUGACGGCUAUCAUCUACUGCAACUCGAAGUUCGCAAUCGAUAUGUGGAAAAUUUAUUUUGUCUCAAGCGUUGUAUCUCGGGGCUUCUCUCUGGAGGAUGCGGCUGCAUUCGUGGCGGUUGGAGGCGUGGGGAGUUUGGUAUCAAAACUUGCCCAAGGGUUUAUCGUGGACCGAGGUAUACUGCCGUGUUGGGCUGUGAUGGCUAUCGGUCUUGGGUGUGGCACUGUGUCUUUCUGCACAACUCCGUGGCUGAAGUCUUAUUGGUCAAUCAUGUUGUUGUCCUCGCUUCUGCUUAUGACCGGCUACGGUCUGACAAUCUGCAUAGAUGUCGCUGUCAAGCAAAUGCUUGGAGUGGAUUUGUUGGCUGGUGUCUACGGUUGGAUCGGGAUUCUUACUACCAUACUGCGGUGCACUCUCGGCUUCCUGCCAGGGUUGAUGUAUGACUACAGUGGUAGCUACAACGCACCCUUCUUUUUCCUGGGAUGCAUGUGUAUGCCCUCGUUGUUUUCAGUUCUGGUGUUACGAUACAAGCAACUGGUAUAGUUCCGCAUUCACAUGGUGGUAUUCCCAGGCCUACAGCCUAUUUGCGUUUUCGUAGUAUGUAAAAUAUACCUGAUAUUUAAUUAAUUUAUGCCAUUGAAACAGAAAAUGCUUUUUGUUUUCAUCCUCUCCUAAUAUUCUAUCAUAGGCAUUUUCCAGUUUAGGUCUACCUUUCCUCCUCCUUCUAAGCGGGAGUCACUAGAGGGGAUGUAGGUGUGAAAUCCUAUUUGUUUUUAACGGCAACAUGGUGUCACUAUCGGCAAAAAUAAUGUAUGCCAGCAUGAACAGAACCGCCUUAUUUUCAGAAGGUGUCCAGUUCCUUCCGCUGUCUUGCUCGUUCCCACCGCCCUAUA